GAUGACUUCAAAGAAAUGGAGAGGAAAGUAGAUGUCACCAGCAGGGCUGUGAUGGAAGUAAUGACCAAGACAGUAGAAUAUCUUCAGCCCAACCCAGCUUCCAGAGCUAAACUCAACAUGAUCAACACAAUGUCAAAAAUUCGAGGUCAGGAAAAAGGACCUGGCUACCCUCAGGCUGAGGCCUUAUUGGCAGAAGCUAUGCUGAAGUUUGGAAGAGAACUCGGAGAUGAAUGUAACUUUGGCCCAGCCCUGGGUGAUGUUGGGGAAGCUAUGAGAGAACUUUCUGAAGUCAAAGAUUCUUUGGACAUUGAAGUGAAGCAGAACUUCAUAGAUCCCCUGCAAAAUCUCCAUGAUAAAGAUCUGAGAGAAAUACAGCACCACCUGAAGAAAAUGGAAGGUCGACGCCUGGACUUCGACUACAAAAAGAAAAGACAAGGCAGGCUCCCUGAUGAGGAGCUACGCCAAGCUCUGGAGAAAUUUGAUGAGUCCAAAGAAAUAGCUGAGUCAAGCAUGUAUAACCUUCUGGAGAUGGAUAUUGAACAAGUGAGUCAGCUUUCUGCUCUUGUAGAAGCCCAGCUGAAGUACCACAGACAGGCAACACAGAUCCUACAGCAAGUUACUGCCAAGUUGGAAGAGAGAAUAAAAGAAGCAUCAACUCAGCCCAGAAGAGAAUACCAGCCAAAACCCCGCAUGAGUCUGGAUUUUUCCAGUGGUGAGAAUACCCAGUACAAUGGAGGGAUAUCCCAGACCAGCACCCCUAAACCAACAGGUAUUGCAAUGGAUCAGCCAUGCUGCCGAGCUCUGUAUGACUUUGACCCUGAAAAUGAAGGGGAGUUGGGCUUUAAAGAGGGUGAUGUCAUUACCCUCACUAACCAGAUUGAUGAGAACUGGUAUGAAGGGAUGCUUCAUGGCCAGUCAGGCUUCUUCCCUAUCAACUAUGUGGAUAUUCUGGUACCUUUGCCCCAUUAG